AUGCUGGCUUCGAAGGGAAAACUGCUAAGAGUGUACACACAGAAUAUUGACGGGCUGGAAGUGCUUGCCGAGUUGCCACCUGACAAAAUCGUGGAAUGCCACGGGCAUUUCCGCACGGCUGCCUGCAUCGAUUGUGCCAAAUCUGCCGACAUUGACUCUGUGGUACAGUCCAUCACCAAGGAAGGCAAGGCACCCACAUGCGACAAAUGCAAAGGAUAUGUGAAACCCGACAUUGUCUUCUUCGGCGAGGGUCUUCCAAACCGAUUUCACAAACUGCUACGACCUGACCUGCAACAAGCGGACCUUCUGAUCAUUCUAGGAACAAGCCUCCAGGUGGCUCCCGUGAGCAUGAUUCCAGAUCUGGUCAAUCGCAACGUCUGCAAGCGGGUUCUGCUCAAUAGAGAGCUGGUUGGAAAUCUUGAUAUACUGGGCAAAACCAACAAACAGAACAAGAAGCUACAGCAAGAUAUCUUCCACAAAGGUGACUGUGAUGAUGCCAUUGUCACUCUCUCUCAAUUGAUGGGAUGGGACGAUGAAUUGCAGGAACUGCAUACCAAGACUCGAGUCAACCUCAAAAUGAAGCAGGAACAAAACAACAAAAAGAACUAA